AUGCUUGUUUGCUCUGACAAGAAGAAUCGGGCAUUUACACUGAGGAACUGUGCUUGGAGUUCGGCAGUAGGUAGGAAACUGUGCUCAAGAUCCAUUGAUGGAUUUCUAAAAACCGAUGAAAGACAAAGACUGGCAAAGGAGAGAAGAGAAGAAAGGGAGAAAUACCUUGCUGCUAGGGAACAGCAGAUACUGGAGAAAGAGAGGAGAGCAAAACUUCAAUAUGAAAAACAAAUGGAGGAGCGAUGGAGAAGACUGGAGGAGCAGAGGCAGAGAGAGGAGCAGAAGAGAGCAGCUGUUGAAGAAAAACGGAGACAAAAGCUUAAAGAGGAGGAGGAACGUUUAGAAGCCAUGAUGCGUCGGUCCCUUGAACGAAGCCAGCAGCUGGAACAGAAGCAGAAGCGAUGGUCGUGGGGAGGAGCACUGGCUGCAGGCUCAGGAGGGAGAGAUGGUGAAUCAGAAAAUACCCCACCCCCUGUUCUAGGUUUAGCUGCCAACACCCUUCCUCCAGACCCUGUGACCUCUACUGCUCCUGCUGAUUCCUUCAAUGCAUGUGACAAACUUUCAGCUUCUACAAUGAAUCUGCCAAAGCAAAUGGAAUCGCCAAUCAGUAAGCGCCUCUCCUCCUCCACAGCGGCAAUAACACAUUCCCCCGACAGAGCUCACCGCAUGCAUCUUAGUCCAAUGGAAAACUUUAUUGUUUCUCGACUGCUGACUCCCACACAGUCAUCUUUAGCCAGAAGCAGAAGUACAUUAAUGCUUUCUGAGCAAUACAAUAAUCCAGUAUUCCAUAUCUGUCCUCGUGUAGCACCAGCUAGUCCUCUUAAAUCUCCCUACAAGCCUUCCCCCACCCGAAGCACCGACAGAAAGAAGGCAACGUCACCCUCCACUUCUGAUGCCAUGAAAGGGGCGGCUGCAGCUGAAGUUACUCAGACUGAGAAGAUAAAGAAAGAGAAGCGACCCGCAACACCUGGUUCAUCAUCUGGUAUGGGAUCUCCUCUAAGAAGGUCUGAUUCUCCUGCUGCCAUGUCCAGAAGAUCCGCGUCACCUGCGACGCCUAAGACAGUUGCAAAGACUUAUCCUCAGUCUCCUAAAAAUGCCAAACAAUAUCCAGCUUCUCCUGUGAAGCAUCGUGCUACUUCUAAUCUCAGCCAGGAAACUCCUAAAAAGAAAGCAGACAAGGAGAAAGAAAACAUCAGUCAUCAAAAAUCCCCAGGAGCACGCACUGAUGAGGCCAGCCAGGUGGCUUCUGAGAAGCAUGUGCCUUCUCCAGGAAAGACUGAAAAUAUUGAAGGUAAGAUCACAGCAGGAACAACUGAUGCAGAAGAAGCCUCAAAAAUUCUAGCUGAAAAAAGACGACAGGCCCGCCUGCAAAAAGAACAAGAAGAAAGGGAGAGACAGGAAAGAGAAGAACGGGAGAGGCUUGAAAAAGAGGAACAGAAAAGAAAGGCAGAAGAAGAAAGACUUCGUCUAGAGGAAGAGGCUCGUAAGAAGGAGGAGGAAAGAAAACGUGAAGAAGAAGCAGCUAGAAAAAAGGCAGAAGAGGAAGCUAGGAGAAGAGCUGAGGAAGAACAAAUGCUGAAAGAAAAGCAAGAGAAAGAGCUCCAAGCCAAACUUGAGAAACAGAGGGAAGAAGCAGAAAUCAAAGCCCGUGAGGCAGCUGAACAACUUCGUCUCGAAAGGGAACAAAUCAUGCAGCAAAUUGAGCAAGAAAGACUGGAGCGGAAGAAGAGAAUAGAUGAAAUAAUGAAGAGAACAAGGAGGAGUGAAGCACCGGAAAUAAAGAAGGAAGAGCCAAAACUGGAGGUACCAUCAACUUUGAAUGUGGAAAAGCAGCCGAAGGCCCUUGUUCUCAACCAGCCAGAGAUCAAUGGAUUGGCAACCUGCCUGAAAAAUAAAAGCUUAGAAAGUGCUGCCUCUGUAAUCCCUUCCCAAGAUGCAGUUGCUAAUGGACUGAAGUCAGUUCCAGGACUUACUCAGCUGGAAGCUGUUGAUGGGAAAUCUAACAGCAUGGAAGAUUCAACAGAUGAGGUUCAGUCCAUGGAUGUGAGCCCAGUUUCAAAAGAAGAACUUAUCUCUAUCCCCGAAUAUUCACCUAUGAAUGAACUCAUGCCUGGUGUUUCUUUGGACCAAAAUGGGACAAGUAAUGCCAAGGCUCUUGAAGAUCUCUUGGAUUUCACAGGCCAAGCUACGUACUCCAAGAUGUCCAGUGAUACCAUUAGCCUAGAUGACUGUAACAAAAACUUGAUUGAGGGAUUUAACAGUCCAGGACAGGAAAAUACACUUAAUUCUAUCUGUUGA